CUUGAGCUUCCUUGCUUUAAGAAAGGCCAUCUCCUUAUGAAAACAGUCGUCCUUUAGUAGAAGAAAGAAACACUGGAUGUGGAGGAUUUUCGUGUCUUUUCUAUUGAUUUAUUGUGUUAGGAACGAAGUAUUGUGACCAUGGAGAUGACGUGUAUGGGAACAGUAGGAUGGCUGUGGAUUAUGCAGAUCGUUGGGUUAACGAAAGGAUUUUUCCAAGUCCCACUUAUUCCUGGCUCGGUAUCGGAGGGCGAUGUCACAUUCUUGGAUAUUUGGAACAUGGAGCUCAACCAUGAUAUUUCCCUCGAAAGGAGCGUCAUGAAACCCGGAACAAUCCUCACUCCGAACGAUAUGGCCAUGAUUGGACUGGUGCCUGUGGACGGACCUCACCCGCUUUAUGACGACGACGAGGAGAGUGUUCGACUGCGCAAGGAGUUCCUCCUCGACCAUAUGGCUCUUGAAGUGGUGAAUGAGGAUGACCCGAGGAUGGAGGAUCCGGAGGGUCUGACAGUCAUGAACAUGAACGGGAAAUCUUUGAACUUCCAUAAAACAGAUGAUGGGUCAGUUACGGUAAAUGGCUUGUUAGUGCAUAAGAUCAAAACGCUGGAUGAUGAGACUGUCAUUUACGAAGUGGACGACUUGCUGUUCAACCACCAGGAUCAGGUGGCGGAAGCGUUUGAAGCAAUGACUUUGAGCGAUCCAGUUGAUAGGCGUAGUGAGAAAUCUACUAAAAGCCGCCAUCAUGAUGAAGUAACUAAAAGUCGGCAUAAUGACGAUGAAAGUCUGCAAGAUGAUGAAAUAACAUCAAAUCGGCUUAAUGUCAAAGUAACUGAGGGUCGGGAAGAUGUAACUGAAAAACAUGAUAAAUUAACGGAAAGUCUGCAUAACAAAGAAGAAACCGAAAAAGAGGAUAGUGAACGUCUGCAUGAUGAAGUAGAAAAACUUCGGCAAAAUGAUAAAGUAACGGAAGGUGUCCGUAAUGUUAAAGUUACUGAAGGGAGGCAUGAUGUAACUGAAAAACAAAAUGAUAAAGUAGCUGAAAGUCUGCACGAUGAUGUAACAAAAACUCGUCGUAAUGAUAAAGUAGCUGAAAGUCUGCACGAUGAUGUAACAAAAACUCAUCGUAAUGAAAAAGUAGCUGAAAGUCUUCGUAACGUUAAAGUAACUCAAGGCUCGCAUGAUGUAACUGAAAAACAUGAUGAUAAAGUAACUGAAAGUAGAGUACCUGUAAGUCUGAAUAAUGAAGGUGAAAGUAAAAGCCUGCAUAAUGAAAAAGUGACUAGAAGUCGUCGUAAUGUUAAAGUAACUGAAGGUCGGCAUAAUGACGACGUAACCGAAAAUCUCCAUAAUAAUGAAGUAACCGAAAAUCUCCAUAAUAAUGAAGUAACUGAAAAUCUCCAAAAUGAAGUCCUUGAAAGUCAGCGUAACGAGGAAGUAAUUGGAAGACAAGAGGAUGUGAUGAAGGAGGAUCAUAAGCAUUCGCAGUGUUUUGCAGGGAAGUGAAUCAAUCACCCCAAGAUUUUUUUUAAAGUUUUAAAAUUAGCAAAAAAAUAGUCGUAUGUUUGUAAGACACGUUGUUUUUAAAAUUUAAAUAAAACUUGUGUGUAA